CAGUGCCCUUGCUCUCACGCUCCGACGAUGCGCUCGUGGAAGCAGAAGCGCAGCGCUGCAGGAAAGGUGGCGCGAGUAUCUGAGGGUUAAUGAGUUCGAGAGGCUGUCCGUGAGUUCCUUUCACGAUGGGAGCGGAUGACAGUGAGUGGCUGAAUGUCUACGCAAUGCACUUUUUCAUUUCGCUGACGAUGAUUAUGGCUUUCGUUUUGUUGCUAGAGUCCCUCGUGACAAUCGCCGUGAUUGUGAGGAACCACGCGCUCAGGGACAUGAACUGCGCCCAGUUCAUUAGCAACAUGGCCGUGUGUAGCGUCGGCAUCGCGGUCCUCCUUUUCACGUGGAUGGUCGCCAAGCUAACGACCAGCGGGAAGUACAGUUGGUGGAGGUGUCUGACGUUCAAGAUCUCUGUCCGCUUCUUGCACACGGUGACUGUGUUCAACCUGUGUUGCCUCUCCCUUGACCGCUACCUCUUCAUCUGCUGGCCGCUGCACUACCACCAGCUGCUCACGCCCCGCCGCUGCAACCUGCUCGUGGCCGCCUGCUGGCUUGCGGCGGCCGGCCUGCUCGGCCUGCCUGGCCUCCCCACCUUCGACUUCUGUCCGAAGCGCGGCAACAAGUUCCGGGUGAGCGAGGCGGUCAUGAUCAGCUACAUCAGCUCGUACGGCGUCUCGGUGGUGGUGGUGGUGGUCUUCUACCUGCUCGUGGCCAGGGAGGUGUCCGUGGCCCUGGUGGGCGUGCGGGCGGACCAGGAGCGAGCUCGGAGGAAGACCAGGCAGAGCAUCUUCACCGUCGUCUUCAUCCAGCUGGUGCUCUCCGCGCCCGAUAUGGUGAUCCAGCUGGUGAGCCUCCAGGACAGCGACCACACCGUGCGGGCGGCCUCCUUGUCUCCGAUCCUGCUGCUGUUCGUCCAGCUGCUCUUCCUCCCCGUCUACGCGUGGAAGAACACCCUCUUCCGCACGGCCAUCGUCCAGCUCUUCUCUCCCGCCGUGCGCUCCGUCACCUGCAACGUCAGGAGGGCUUGCAGCAGGAGCAGUAGCAGGAGUACAGCCAAGUCUUUGGCAAACACCUCACAGGAACACGUAGUUGGAAAUAAUCAGGACCAAGAAGUGUAGAGAUAACGUCUCUUCAAGCAAGGCUAAUACCCUCUGAACAGUUUCUGGAUUUCGACGUUUGUAGAUUUUAGGAUAACGUGAUUCUUGAGUUAUUUUUUCUCCGGAUACCUAAGAAGAAUACUAUACAAGAAGACUAUUUAUCACUAAGCAAGAAGACAUGAUAAUAUGCAUAAGUAAAUGAACUGAUAAUCGGUAAGAAUCAGGGGAUGGAGAGAUAUAGAAUUACACGUUAUACAAAAAACGUACGUAAUAGGAGAAAUAUUUGCCAGGGAGAUAAAUAUAUACACGCACACACGCAUUCACAAGCACACACACACACAAGCACACACACACACACAAACACACGAACAGACAAGCACACACACGCGCACACACACACACACACACACACACACACACACACACACACACACACACACACACACACAGGCAUACGUGUAUAAGUGUAUCUCCCUACAUGUACAGUAUAUGUAUGCUAAACAAACACCCUCGAAUCUUGAUCUCAAAGCACCCAGCGUAAUGAUGACUAACCGUGUCGUUCAGCAGGGAAAGAAGUGUGAGCCUCAGGAUCGCAAAGGGAAAAAGGAGAGAGACACAGGAUACUCAGGUGCUCCUCAAUUUAGCGAGGAAGGGCGGAGGGAAUGUUGAUAAGGGAGGGCAGUUUCUUCGCCCAGGUGAUGUGUUCAAGGAGCUGCCUUUGAUGAGGAGCGGUCUUAACGUAUUCGCCAAAGGGAACGCUUUAUGCUAUCUUUGUGUGUAUUUUGUUAUGGUUCUCUGCUUCUUUUUCUCUUUUUUUCUAUUUUUUUCCCUUUCUUUCAUCCUCUCUCUCUCUCUCUCUCUCUCUCUCUCUCU